AUGCCACCACUCCAAGCACUCCUGCUGCGGAAUGGAAACGACGAUGCUCAUCUAGAGCUGGCGCUACUACAACUGUGGGCUACAACCGAUCCUGAACACAUUUCAAUAGAGCUGCUGGCUCUGGACGACAAGUGCUGGCGACGCCUGGGUAUGCUGUUCUUUGCAUCCAAAUCGCUCGUGCUCGCUCUCGUGGCGGCGUUGGAGCGUGUAGCAAAGGGAUCGUCAAGAUCAAGCGACCGCUUCUUUCAACGCGUGUGGCAAUCGCAGUGGCGAAAUUAUUUACAUGAGAAGGUCGUGGACUUCUUCGAGUGA